UUGUCGGACGACCGUUCACAAUCGUUCUGUUUGUAAAACAUUAAUUUGCUGACAGAAAAAAAUAUAAUUACAUCUCCAUUGUCGAUUGUAAUAAAGUAAUUUGAAGAACUGAUGUCAUUAACAAUGUGAAAUGUUAGAAUUACUUUCUGGAAGAACGCUUCCUGGAUAUCGACUGUAUAAAUGUUGAAUAGAAAAGGUAAGAAUUAUAAUGGAUCGUGCAAAGGCAGGAAUUAGUAGGGGCGCGAAAAGCAAGAUUGCUCAACAUCCUCCUGAUUUGUUUGCUCUUGGAUCUAAAGGUUCCCGCAAUGAAAGUUCGGAUGCAAAAAGGCCCGGUGUUAUUCAUUCCAAACCAAGUAGUAGUUCUUCUACCUCUGGUAAUGAUAGGAAGAAAGAUGCACCAUCGGGAUCACUUCAGUCUUUUCAAUAUAUUCCUCAAAAGAAACCAAAGCUUGCAGUCCAUGCCUCUCAUCAAAGACCACCAUUCUCAAGUGCUGAGGCUUGGGAAUUGGUAACCAUUGACAGUGAUCCAGCAGACUUUGUUCCAAUGGUUUUAGAAGCUAAUGAUAAUGAUGAAGGUGAUAAAGUUAUUGGCAUUAUUUGUGGUGCCAUAAAAACACUUAAGAAUCAGAAAUGGAAGCCAGACACAUUGAUUUACAUGGGAUUGUUGUAUUUAGCAAAAAUUCGUCCAUCUAUUUUUUCACACGAUUGUAUAUUACUUGCACUUUCUGCAUUGCUAAAACGAGAUCAAGCACACAAUUAUAAAUCCAAAGGAAACCCAUUGGUUCCUGUGCUUGCAGCUAAUUUAUUAAUGAAAGGGUUCCAUGAUAAAAGAAAUUGGCCAGAAGUUUUUGUUAAGCUGUACAUCGAGGAUGCUUUAGGUGAGAGAGUAUGGGUCGAUCACGAAGAAUGCAAAGGUUUUGUUGAUAAUAUUUUAACGGGAUUUAACACACGACAUCCACCAAAGAGCGCUUUACAACCAGAACUGUCUGUUUUAACGCCACGGGAGUGUCACAGUCCAUCUACGGUGGACGAUGAAGAUCCAGGGUCUUCGUCGGCACAGUUUUCUGGAGAUAAAGAAAAAAUAGAUUUCCCUGUCACCCCUAGAUACGCUCAUUGUAUAGAAAAUAUAGAAUUUAUUGUUCUUGAAGCUAUAAAAGAGCAGCUAAAUAGAAGGCAACCUGAGUCAAUUACUAAAAACUUCUUGAAGUUACUGUCUUCAGCCUGUGGUUUUGUAGAAAUACGAAACAUUGCUGUUCCAAGAUUAGAGAUGUGGCUGCACAACCCUAAACUAAUGAGGCCUGCUCAGGAAUUGUUGAGUUAUAUCUGUUACAACAGCACUACCCAUACACAGAGGGAUGUCGAAGUUAUAAGUCAAUUAGUAAAAAUGAGAUUGAAGACCAAAGCAGUGAUUAAUCUAUAUCUGAACGGCGUGAAGGAGCUAAUUGGCUUGCAUCCAGAAAACUUGUCUACCAUUUUGAAACACACAAUUUAUAAUGAAUUAUCUAAUGCACGAAAUCCAAAUAAUAUGCCAAUGUUAGGUGUAAUGUUUCAAACUUUACCCGAACAGUCGGCGAAAUUACUUGCAGAAAUAUUUCAAGAUUUAUUAAUGAACCGAGAGGAUUAUCUCCGACCUCUGCGUGCCUUGCUAAGAGAAAUAGUUCGUGUUUGUCGACAUGAUAUCAAUUUAAUCACCUUCGCGCGCACGUUAAUGUCCGAGAGACAGGAUAUAGCGCAACAGUUGCUAAACUUCGAAUUUAAAGAACGAGUUUUCAUUGCUAUUGCGGAUUUGUUGUGCUUAUGUAUGUUAUUAGCUAUCAGUCCGCAAGUUAAGGAAGCCGCAGCAUUGGCGCAAAGAGGCGAUAAAAAAGACAUAGCUUUGUUGCAUCAAUUUCAAAAUAUGGUAGCAACAAUUCAAUUUGAAGCUGUAAUGUGGUUGCAGAAUUUAGCUCCACAAAUGUACGCUAUCGGUAGAAACGAACUUUUGCAUGCUCUACAUAAAAUUUUAUUGCUCGAAUCACCAGAACAAUACUAUAAAUUGGACAAUUGGCCUCCUGAAUCGGAUAGAGUGUUCUAUUUGCGACUGGUUUCUGAUGUUCCUUUAUUGCAGAACACGCUAUUGAGGUUGUUAUUAAUUGGUUACUCGAAGGAAAAUGGUAUCACCCAUUCGGAAACGCUAGAUUUGGUGGACCAGUUAAUACGACGAGCAGCGGGUAAUUCAACUGAAAGUUUUCCAACUUUAGUGGCAGAUAAAUUAGAUAUAAUUGAACUUAUUUUCAAUCUUUGUAUCUAUCAGCCACCCGGUACCAUAAAUAUACCAUCGAGUUAUGUACCGCCAACUUUGGCAAUAUCGAAUUUAUAUUGGAAAGGCUGGAUAAUGUUACUGAUAUUAGCUGCCCAUAAUCCAUCCGCCAUCGGCGCUGUUGCAUGGAAGCGAUAUCCUAUAUUAAGAACUCUCAUGGAAAUGUGUAUUACCAACCACUUCUCAUAUCCUCCACCAACAAUGGCUCUACCAGAGAUCAUAGAACAAGAACGUUCGAAAGAAUUGCAAGUGGAAGCUAUUGAGAAGCAAGAAAUACUCGAGUAUGAAUCACAUUUGGCAGCUGCUUCGACGAGGAUACAGAUAUCAGAACAAAACAGUUUGCUGUUGUCUCAACUAAUCACCAUGGAACCAACCGGUAUCGCAAGGAGGCCGCCUCUAGCUGUAUUAGAACAGAUACAAUCAUUGAACGUGUCUCACAGAUUGGGGCAUUUCCUUUGUCGAUCUCGGAAACCAGACUUUUUGUUAGACAUAAUACAAAGACAACAGCAAAGCUCAUCCCAGAGCAUGCCUUGGUUGGCAGAUCUUGUACAAAAUAGCGAAGGGUCCCUUAGUCAAUUACCUGUACAAUGCCUAUGCGAAUUUUUGUUAUCCACAAGUACUCAAGCAGUAGAAAAGCAACCCAGACAGCAACAAUUAUUGGCUCACCUUCAAUUGUUAUUAACCGAUACAGAACAAGAUCGUCAACACGCUUACGAAGUUUUAGAAUACUUUCUACGAAGAUUGAGCAGCCAACAGACGAACAGUCGUCUCCAAGCAAUCACUGGCUUGAAAAUGGUUCUUGGAUCUAUACCUACCGAGGAAGAACCCAUGGAUAUAGAUGUAGAAAAUGACAAAGAGCUCUGGCUUCUUCGCAAGUUACCAUCUAUACCUCAUUUCCUGUCGGUACGGACUUUGGUUUCUACUGCCCUUCGCGGAGCUUGUCAAGUCGAAAACAAUCCGGAUCUUGUACACGCCUACAUAUCAUACCUAGCCGCUCAUACUACCGACGAUGAGCUACCAGAAUUAACCGAUCUGGCCAAUGAGAUUUCUCAGCUAGUGGUCGAGCGGAGUACGAUUAUAGCGGCUAUUUUGCCGCAAACGGAAAGCGAUAAUCCGCACGCUAAACAAACUUUACACGCUUUCAUGGCGAUUUUCUGUAAUUAUUUAGAAAAAGCUCGAUCCCCUAGGGGUGAAGAGUAUACGUGGUCGGAGAGCCAGGACCAGAUUUUGGUUCAAUGGAGCACAGGAGAAGAAUGCACAAUGCAUAUAUUGGUUGUUCAUGCUAUGAUCAUUCUUUUAACGUAUGAUUCAUCCGACGAUGAUGUGCUGUUUAACGUUCUGCUCGAAACGUGGUUCCCACUAAACGCAGAGCCCCCGAAAGCUUUUUUGGUCGACACAAGCGAAGAAGCUUUACUUAUACCGGAUUGGUUAAAAUUAAGAAUGAUCAGGAGUAACGUGCCGCGUCUCGUGGACGCAGCUCUUAAAGACCUAGAACCACAACAGUUGGUACUGUUUAUUCAAAGUUUCGGUAUUCCUGUACCAUCGAUGAGCAAAUUGCUUCAUACUCUGGACGCGGGGGUGCAAAUAGAUCCAGAUUCGGUUGGCGAAGCAGUGCUCGACAAAACGUACAUGGCGCAAUUGGUUGAGGUUCAACAUAGGAGAGGAGCCACGGGCGGGUUAGUGUUCGUGCAAGUUUUACAAUUGAUGGAACCACAAUUACCCGACGAGAAUCUGGUGACUAUAGGACAGUUGCAAGAACCGUUGCCUCCCAGCGCUACAGUUCAAAAACAAUCUGUCAUACAGUGUUCCGUUAAAACAGACGUUCCUCAUCUAAUCAAUAGACUGUUUAUAGAGAAUAUACCGAUGAAUCAAAAGGUGGAUGCUUAUCGUCGGUUGCACAAAACGUUGGCAAAAGAUUUACAAAAAUCUGCCAAAGAGAGUGGUGCUGUUGUAUUGGCGAUACAGCACAUAUGCAGUGUGUUGAGUUCGAUGCAAGUGAAACAGUUCUUGGCUUCCCUUGUUCAUAUGCCACAAUACUCUUGCACGUUAAUGCGAAUAAUACUGUUCCCUUUGAAGAAAUCGUUUACCUCCAAGCAGAUGGUAGAAUUGGCGCGCAACAUGUGUUUGAAUCUAAUACAACUGAUAGGAGAUGUAAAAGCGCCGGUUCUCUCAAUUUUACGAGACUUUGCGAAUGUACAGUUGACCAAAACGCCGAAGAGCAUGGAGCUAACAAUGUUGAUGCAGUAUUGCGAACCUGAAUCUAUCCUGGAGAGUAAGGAUCCUGUGAACUUAGAAGCCGUUGGACGGAAAUUGUUAGACAUUUGUUUCAAGCAACAAAAGACUGAUAUUCUUGUUGAGGCUAUGGCGAGGUUAUUGGUAAAUGAUAGUAACGAAGGCGUUCGAAAACAAAGAACAGGCUUGUUGAUAGACUGGUUAGCUUCCGUAGAGCCGGAGUUGAUUGGUACAUGUCCCAAUCUGCAAAUGAAGCUUCUUUUUGGGAAAACGAAAAUACAGAUGAAAGUUGACAAUAACGUUGUGAACUCACAUUCUUUUAGGCCUUAUUUGCUAACUUUGUUAACGCACAGAGCGAGCUGGGCGACUUUAUACAAAUGCGUCGGACAUCUAUUAGAUAAAUGCGACGAUGGGUAUGAUCCAACCGCUGUCCUGGAUUUUCUGUGGGCUUUAACUUGCAAUCCGAAACUUUGGCAAGGCAGGGACAAAUUUACGCCAAAGCACUAUGUCCCAGAGAAUAUUUUGCUUUUACACGAGAAACAGUUGUUGACGCUUGUAGCAUAUAUAGUUGCGGAAGCUGUUAUCAUUUGUAAUUGCCAAAGUAGAAACGUUGCUUUAGCCGGGAUGGACUCUCGUCUUGAUUUGUUGUUACAUUGCAUCUCCAUGGACGAUCAUUUGGUCUCCAGUGUUGUGAGAUACUUGGCGGAUCGUAUGAUGUAUGAUCCGAAUGUCGAUUCCGACAUGGCGCAUCAGUUUUUGUUACAUAUGUACAUGAAGAUUCCCAAGGUAAUCUGUUACUUAGACACGUUUCAAACGAAAAAGUUUGUUGGGGGAGCAAAAAUUACAGACUGGACAGGUUCUGUUUUGGAUUGUAUGAGUCACUCUUUGUUAACGGCACUGGCAGCAACACCAAGACAGAAGUCAUGGAAUUCUAGGUCUCAAGAAUUCGAAAUGUGCGCUAGAAAAAUGGCCGCCGUCCAUCCAAUAUUAGUGUUACGACAGCUUCCAAUGUUAGCAUCGUCCUUAAUGGGCAGAUGUUACUUGGACUUUAGUCAGUUUCGGUCCGGUCAUCAUUUGAAUCUUUUUAUCCAAAUAAUGGGUCUGUUAGAAUUAUUGCAACCGCAUUUGUUCAGGGCAGAACAUCGGACUGCUUUGGAAGACACAUUAGAAAAUUACUUUCAGUGCUUCCAGAAUUAUGGGCCGAUAAAAGAACUCAUACCAAUCUUAAAUAGAUUCAUUACACUACUGCAGGCAUAUAUUUCUUAUGAUCCACAACGGGCAUUGAAAUAUUUACAGAAGCAUGCUCAAGCUCUUCAUGAAUUGCAGGUACAUUAUCCAAAUCUAGUUACACUCAGAACACUUGUGUCAGGUAUUCCUGUGCCAAGAGAAGGGGAAGACCUAGAGGAGGUUUUAAUCACUGUUCCUCCUACCCCACCCCCUUCAGAAUCCAUUAUUCCUCAACAUUGGCCAUCAUUGUUGACCACGUUGGCCAAGCUGCAUGGUGACGACGUGUUCAAUGCUCUUCAGGAAAUUGAGCAUUUGUCAUCUCGAAAACCUUCAGUUUUGGAACCCAUAGCGGAUAAUAUAGCCGAGCUACUUGUGUCUCCUCAGGGCAACAUAAGGACUCUUGCUCAUACUUUACUGGCAAGAGCACUAAAAUAUCGUCCAGCGACAAAUGCAAAUAUAUUGCACGCGUUUCAGAGAUGCCUAGAUAGCCCUAGGGCUGAUGUACUAAUGUCGGCUCUGGAAAAAUUGCCAGAGAUUGUACUGUGUAUGCAAGAACAUGCUUUACCAUUGAUGCAGAAGGUAUUUGAAUUAGGAGUAAAUUCAAAUGUGAAUACUAUACCGUAUAUAAAUAAAACUAUUGCUCUGUUAAAUACCCAGCAAGGUUGUUAAUAUUACUAAAAUUGUAAUUUUUUAUUUUGUAU